AAUGCUAACGGUCAUUUCCGAUUAUGGCGCAUGCGUAUGUUGUUUCCGGUAUUGUGCCGGUUGAUGUUGUUUCGCAAUAAGUCAGUGAGUGUGAGGUGGAAGAAGAAGGGAUUGAGGAGGAAAGUGAGUGUUUGAUGAGAAAGAGAGUGAACGAGAGAAGAACAAGAGACGGAAAUGGAAGGAGGGAGCUGACUGAUUAAGGAGCAGCAUAAACUGGGCGAGAGGAGGAGAGAUCGGGAGGGCCAGGGAUUGAGUGAAGGUGACUGACCAAAGGAAAGAGAGAAAGGGGAGGGGUGGAGAGUGAAUGUGAGAGAAUAGUGAUUGAGAAGGGUAAGAAACCGAUGACCGAGAGACAGUCUUUGUGCCAGAGGAAAUUCCUAUUGCAACGAAAACCUGGAAUUUGGAAGAGUAUCGUGCUGAAGUUUGCCAGUCAGAACCAAAAAAGUAUUACCAAGCAAAACUGCUCAACAGUAAAUACCCAGAUAUUUAACAAUGACACCAGAAGGAACAAAACUCAUCAAUGUCAUAAUUUUGGGAUGUGGCUUUCUGUUAGUUUUCAGCGCCUUUCAAACUGGUGGCAACAUAGAACAAACAGUCAUCAAGAGCAUUAACAGUACCCGGUUUCAUGGAAGUGGAUACACCAGCUUGGCUAUAAUUUAUACUGUAUUUUCUGCUUCAAAUAUUUUGACUCCGUCAAUUGUUGCUGUUUUGGGAGCUCGACUUUCAAUGGUCAUUUCUGGAUUAGUGUACAGUGUAUAUUCUGCAGUUUUCAUUGAGCCAUUCACUUGGUCAUUUUACUUAGCUUCAGUCAUCAUUGGAAUGGCAGCUGCAGUGAUAUGGACUGCACAAGGCAACUGUUUAACGACAAACUCAGAUGAAAACACAAUUGGAAGAAAUAGUGGAAUAUUUUGGGCGCUGUUGCAAUUUAGUCUUUUGUUUGGAAAUCUGUACAUAUACCUUGCCUGGAAGGGAGAAACACACAUCUCAGAUCAUAAUCGUAGGACUGUUUAUAUUGCAUUAACUGUAAUUAGUGGAGUGGGAAGUAUCCUUUUUCUCCUUAUAAGGCAACCAGUUUCUGAGGUUUCAACUGCAGAACAGAACAAAUCUGAUGAUGAGUCUGAUGCUGUACUUGAACCUCAAGAGCAACGAUCACAAGCAAUUGAUGCAAUUCGAAGUGCAAUCUGUAUAUUCUUCACCAAAGAUAUGCUGCUUCUAAGUAUAACUAUUACUUAUACUGGUAUUGAACUAACCUUUUUUAGUGGUGUCUAUGGCACCUGUUUGGGUGCCACAAAUGGCUUUGGGAAUGAAGCCAAAAGCCUGAUUGGUUUAUCUGGUACCUUCAUUGGUGUUGGAGAAAUCGUAGGUGGUGCAACCUUUGGUUUAUUGAACAAAUUCCUCAGAAAAUAUCUUGGCAUUGGCAGAAACCCUGUUGUUCUUCUGGGUUUAUUAUGUCACAUUAUUGCCUUCUAUCUGAUAUUCUUAAAUGUGCCAGGGGAUUCACCAAUUGUUUCUGAUGAAGGAACUGAUCGAGUUUCUUACUUAAUUCCAAGCAAAAUCAUUGCCAUGGUUUGCAGUUUCCUCCUGGGACUAGGUGAUAGUUGUUUCAACACACAACUCCUUAGUAUAGUAGGAUAUAUGUAUUCCGAAGAAAGUGCUCCUGCGUUUGCUGUCUUCAAGUUUGUGCAAUCUAUCAGUGCAGCAAUAGCAUUUGGCUACAGCAAUUAUCUACUGCUCAAGUGGCAGCUGCUUAUCCUUGGUGUGGUUGGAUUAUUUGGCACAAUCUCUUUCAUCCUAGUGGAAUGGAAGACAGAGGCACAUUCUCGUGGUUUCAGUUAUAACCGCAUUUAAUCAAGAAACUGCAUUUUCAAAGACCCAAUGAUGCGUAGGUUUUUAAAGCUUAGAUUUAUUUUUAAAUACCACUUUUACUAAUGUUUUUUGAGAAAUUUAAUUAGGUUGUAUGAAAAUAUUUCUAAAUGUAGUUUUCAAUCAAAUCUUAAAUUUACCAUAAUCGUAUCAGACCAAGGGCCGGUCUCAUCAGAGAGAGAUGACUGGUGGUGGUUUAACCUGAGGGCCACCAACUUGGAUGAGCAGAAGGCUUGAGAAGGGGAGUCCUUCAUAAUAAGCUCAACCGGUGUGGAAAUUGAACUCACACUGUUAGCCUCAAUUUAUGUUGCAAACCAGCUGUCCAGCCAACUUAGUUAAUUGACCUGCUUAUUUGUGGCUAAAAGAUAGAACUGGAGUGAAUGUUAUAAAGCCAAUAAAGUGAAGCUGGUUACUGAAUAGCUGAUGGAAUAUAAUAACCAAACAUUUCUGCUGCACAUAAAUUCUGCACUACAAGAAAUAUGAUGAACAAACUAAAUCUGAAUCAUCUGAAAUAUUGACUUCACUGAUUUGAAAUACCAUUUUAAGCAUUUCCUUGUAGUGAUGUAGAAUAUUAUUUCAUAUCCAAAUUAUGGUAAAUUGCCAAAUCUUAUUUAUCCAUUUAUUUGAAAUAGAAAAUUCUUUUCAUAAUUAACAAAACUUGAAGAAAUUUCCAGUUUUUUAAAAUGAAAUCAAAGCACUUUCUUGAAAUCGAGAAUCAUGGUUAGAAAAUUUUCUUUUCACCAUGCUUCACCUCAUCAAUCUUUCUGUUUUUUUUUUAAAUAUACAUUUUGCUGGUAGGUACUAUAUGAAGAGUACCAACUAACAAAAGCAUAUUGUUUCACAUCAUUUCAAAAAUAUUGUCUGCUAUUCUAAAACUUAUUAAUUCAACAUGCAUAUUUGUACUGUUUAUGUAAAACUAAAUAUUUUUGUGGUAAAUAUUUCCAGUUUGAUCAUUUUUUGAAAAUACAUGUUUUGUGCAACUAAUUCCAAUGUGAUACUUCAAGUGGAAAUAUAAGUGUUUUCUGAUUAUUAAUGAUUGUGACUAGAGUUGGAAUGAUUUACUAUGAAAAUGACCAAAUUUACAUUGUGCUAGUAAUGUACCUUCAAAUGUUCAGGAUUUGACAAAAAGAUAAAAGUUGUCAGUGACUCGGUUAAUUUCUAAUCUAGUAUGAAAUGUUUCUGUUUGCUGAUGGCUUUCUACGAAAUAGUUAUGUAAAGAUCAAAAGGGAAACUUUGCUUUGAACUAAGGUUUAAUAAGAAAGUAAAGGAUUACAUUUUAAGGGUUUUCUGACUGUUUACAUUUAACCACUCUCUUUUAAACUAAUAGGUUGUUAUAUUAAUGUGUUAAUUUUUUCUCAUUACAAUUUUAUUAAUCUGUCUAAUUUUUGUAGAUGCUAAACCAUAUUCCAUAUAUAUAUUCCAUAUUAUAUACAUAUUCCAGUAAGAUUCCAUACAAUCUUUCUUGGACAGUAAUUGAUCAAUGAAUGCUUUCCACAAUGACCUGCUGACCUCUAUCAGUUUGUCUGCAGUUACUGUAUCGAAGGUGCCAAUUUCCUCAAUUUAAUGUUGGGCCUUAAAGUUGAACAAGUUGAUUUUGCAAAAUUCUCUUUGUGCAGCGAUACCAAUUAACUUUUCCACUUGCCCACAUGGAGAGGUCAAAGACUGUGAAGGAGCAUUUUUUUCUCUCAGCAAGCAAUAAUUUAAAUUGUACAAAACCUGAGCUUGAUAGAACUGAGUUUAGUACUUUGUGAUCGUAUAUAUGGGAACCAAUUUAUUGAAGAAAAAUGGAAGCAUUAUUGAUGUGAACUAGAACUGAAAGCUGACUUCCCAGGAGCACUCUAGAUUUUAGGUACUUAAUAUCAGCAAAUGUAUGCAUAAUGUUUUAUUUAUUUUCUAUUAAUCCAUCACUAACUGAUCUAACUAGCUAAGUUUUUAUGACAGGAUCAUGUUGCUGCAUUUCUGAAAUAUGUAGCCCGUAUCUCAGCUGAAAUAUGUAAAGCUGUGGCAUUUGAUGCUCACGUAGAUACUUAGAAUCCCUCUAGUGUGGAAACAGGCCCUUCGGCCCAACAAGUCCACACUGACACUCCAAAGAGUAAACCACCCAGAUCCAUUCCCUUAUUUGUCGACAUAUAUUGAAUACACAAACGUUUCUGUUUUAAGCAGUUACAGAACUUGACGCUAAUGUAUUCUGCACUUAUAAAAUAACAUAAGUUUUAUAUUCUGAUAUUAAACUAUGCAUAAUUAUUAAUUAUUUCUGUCACAUGUUAAGUAUUUAAAUUAAAAUAGAUUUUUCAAAUAAUAACUUACUUUUUUAAAUACAAUGGAUGGAAUAUUAAAAGUCUUUUAGCAAUGAGCAUUAAGCAUAAAUCUGAGCUGUUGCACAUUGUUUUUGUUAUUAUUGAAACAUUUGAACAUAUUAUUAAUAAGAACAUUAAUUUUCCAUUAUGGUAAAAGAGGGUUGCAGAUUGAAAUAAGCUGGUAAACUUCAAUUCAAUCCUCAAAGCAGGCUAAAUCUGAUGUGACAUGAGUCAGAUCACCUGUGCAUUGUCACCAUAACUGCCGAGUUGUGAAGGUUGAUCAAGCUUUUCUCCCCCACUAGGAAAUGCACCAGGCAUGACCAAUAGCUAUCAUUUCUUGGUAGCAAACUCACCUCUGAAUCACUCAAGUGCCAUGUUGGAGAUUUUAAAUACAAAAUUUGAGUCCCUGCUCUGCUGUUGGGGGUGCCACCAUUCUGGUAGGGUGUUAAACAGAGGCCUCACCUACCUUUUUCAGGCAGAUGGGAAGGAUCCCAUAGCAUUUUGUUUUUUGAAGAAGAAGAGUUUUCUACCUCUUAAUUAGCAAUACUAAAGUCAUUAAAAUCAGAUUAUUUGGUUAUUAUCAUCUUGCUGUUUGUGAAAUGUUGCUGUGUGCCAUUUGGAUGCUCUUUUUUGCAUUGCAGUAAUGACUGUUUCAUGAGUGUAAUAUUAAUGCCAAGUCUUUCACUCUUGUUCGAAGCUGUAGAGAUUGAAACUGAUUACUGAUGUCAAUGGUGUACCCAGGUGUUUGAUGACCAGUCCUUUUAAGUGCUAGUAUUUUAGUUUUGGGUAUAAAUUGUGCAGUAUUUACAGCAUCCUUAGUCUUUCACAAUCAAUGACCAUUGGGCUAAUAUUUUAUUAAAAGACAAGGAAGGAAAUGUAAGCUAAGGAAAGUGCAUCUUUCUGCACUUGGAUCUCCUUGGUGUCAAGUAAAAAUACUGUCAUUUUGACUGUACCUUUCUUAUGUUUUCCAUUUUAUCAAUUUCCUUGGAUGAGGAACAAAAAAAUUGAAAACUCUACAUGUUUUGUCAUUUUAUACCUUUGUUUACUCUCUUUAGAAACUUGAAUUCUUUUCUGUUUGCCUUCAGGAUUCUUGGACAUAAAAGCAAUACAGUAAAAGUUAUCAUUUUGUCAAUUUUAUCUGGAGUGCAACUAUUUAAAGAUAAAAAUCUCAAAAUAUUGCACUUGGAUUAGUUUUUAAAAUGUUUUGUCAUUCUUGUUGGCUUGUUGCUUUCUAAUGCAUUUUUUUUUCAUUACAAAUUCCCAAAACAAUUGAGUGGACCAUUGAUUUAGUGUCUGACUAAAGUUGCAUUGUGUUUUUUGUAAAAGCUGCCACUUCUCAUUGGAAAUAACUACAGGAACUUCUAAAACAAAAAGUUUAAACUAUAGAAGGCUGCAUCACUUCUCUCAAAAAAAAAACAAAGCAGGGCAGCAGUUUUAACAAAUUUGUGUGUCUUGAGUGAAUGGUUGUUUUAUUUUCUGUCUGUCUGAAAAGAAGCACUGGGGUAAUUCUGUUCUCUUUUGAAUAGUGUGAUGGGACCUUCAUUUUCUCAACUGCUGAAACAGAUAAAUUAAGCCAUAGUUUAACUUGUUUUGCACUUUUGAGGCCAUCCUGUAGUGUUAGCCCAGACUAUAGCCUUGAAUUUUCUCUGUAUUUCUAUUCAGGGACCAAUGUAUCCUAGGCAUACACCAAUUGUGAGAUCUAAUAGAUCAUGGUGAUCGGCAUAAGUGAGUUGAAUGCACAACAAAAAUCACUCCCAAAUCACUAUCUUUUAUAGCUGUUAAAAAAUCUUGGCAAGGAUAAAGCUCGCUUAGUUCCCAUUUUACAAAUUUCCUGGUCAGAAACUGUUUUUAAAAUUACAAGAUUUUCAGAUGCAGUAGAAAAUAGUUUUUUUUUUGACUGGUGCUUUAUUGAAAUGUUUUGAUCUUUCAUUUAAAUUUAUCUUUUUGAAUACCUGCCUGUCAUUUUGUUUCAUGAUGUAUUUUUAUAACAUAGGACUAAAUUACAUUCAAAAUUGAGAAGCUGUCCCCGUGUAGGUUAUAAAUCUUUGCAACUAUGCACAAAUAAUGGUUGAAUGGCUUGAAAGUUCUUUUUCACAGUUUAAAGAAGGAAUGUAUGAAAUGAAGUUAAUAUUUCCUUAGAUUUUACUCAAGCUGAACUGUAUUCACUUUUAUAUUUUGGCAUAUUUUGAUAAGAUGAGCAAGAUCGACAUUGGCCGAAUGGAUGCAGAUUGCAUCCACUUGGGGAAAUUCAGGCAUCUGUUGAACUGAAGUUUGAAGCUAUAAUUGAGCAAAUAUGUUAACUGAUCUUAAGCUGACAUCAUUAUUGUAGAAAUGCUAUUUUAGUCACUACCUAGAGAAACAAUUGUCUAUGUCUUUAAAGGUCCUUAAAUACCAAAUAUAGUUUUACCCAUCUGAAGUUUCAAUGUUAUACUGUCCUAAAUAGUGAUUCUUGAUUAGAACAGAAUUUAAGCGACUCAGGAACCUGUUGUGGUUUGAACAUGUCUUGUUUCCUGUUGUCUUAAUGCAUUGAAUUAAGUUCAACACCACACUUCUGUUUGCUUUGUUUUUAUACAGUAACUGAUCUUACUGUAUGCACCAGUUGCAUAAGAUUUAAGUUUUGGUAAAUUUCAGGAGUUGUUCUGGCAAUGGUGGGGAGGGGAACAAUACUUUGCCAAAUUUUUUUCAACACUCAGGCUCACAGUGGAAUAUAACGAGGAAAUGGUUAUGUCUACUUUCAUACGUAAGGCCUUGAAAAUGAGACUGAUUGAUUGAUUGAUUUUCCUCAGUUGGACCAGAAGAUUCACAAUACAAUCUGUUCCCAACAAUGCACAUUAAGCUUAAGAAAGUUGUUUGGCAUGUAAAAUUUGUUCGUUUCAGAUGAAUAACUGUACAUUAUAAUUCAUUAGAUCUCUCUUUCUAUGGUGUCUGGAGAAUGUCACACUUAUACUCAUGUAUUUUGAUAUUUUCAAGCAACUUACAAUUUGCACUAUGUUGCACAUUGUUGUAAAUUAUUUAUUUUGAUUCUGAUGUCUUUGUACUGCUCUGCUGUCAAAUCUUUGUCAAAUUAAAUUUGUUGGUCAGUCUGCAAUACUAAGACGAAGUUUGUUUUAAAUGUGUUUUGGUGUGUGGAUGGUGUGUACACUCAUUCUCCGUGUAAAACUCUAUAUGGGUAAUGUUUAGUAUGAAAGUGUGCAAUAUUGAAAUUUUAUUUAAUGCAAUAAAGCAAUUUAAACUGGA